AUGAUGAAUCUCACACUUGUUCUCGCUGUGAUCCUCUUCUCGAGCUUUGUCACAUCCAAAGUCACAGCAAAAGAAUUGGAGUCAACUCCAUCACUACGUAACGAAGAGCUCCAAUGGCACCUUCACCCUAAGCCACAUUGGCCGUUCCACGGAGCAGGGAAGGCCUUACCGCCUCUCCCUGCCGGCGACUUCCACCCGAUUCCGUUCCAUACACCACCAAUAGUCGCCAAGUGCUUGUCCGACUGCAAGGACGUAAAAACAUGUUUUGCGGAUAUCGCUAAAGCUUUCUUCACCCACGAGGCCGCUAUUGGAUCGGAUUGUUGCGCAUCGAUCAAAAAGAUGAAUGAAGAUUGUGAGAAGACCGUCUUUGGAUCUUUCCAUAACCCUUUCUUCAAUUCCUAUGUUAAACUACAUUGCUCCCACAUGGCAGGAUCUAGUGCGUCCGCUCCAUCCCCGGCUUAG